UGCAUCCAAAGGCAGCUUUUAUGUAACGUGGUGCUCUGGACAUUUCGACAGACACUAAUGCACGCGGCAAGUCAGUCCACAUGUUCAACAGCUGUUGCAGUCCAUUUCGGGCUACAGUUUAGCUGCGGACUGAAACAUAUACAUGGUGGAUGGCAAAUCUGUUUGGCAUCGCUGAAUUUUUUUUCAUCGUCUUCAGCCUCUAAACAUCUUUUAGAAUGGAUCGGCAGGUGAGCCUUACCAGGACGGAAAUGUUCUCUUUCGUCAACCCUUGGAUUCGGUACUUCCUGUUCUUCUUCAGCUUUUUAUUCUGGGUGUUUUCUCUCCUUAUUGUAGCCAUUGGGGUAUAUGCCAAAGUUCAAAAAGCGACAGACACAGUGCGUGACACGUUCUUCAUUGAUCCUGCUGUGAUUCUCAUUGUGGUGGGGGUGGUCAUGUUCUUCAUCACCUUCUGUGGAUGCAUCGGAGCUCUGCGGGAAAAUAUACGGCUCCUUAAAAUUUUCUCAUUUAGUCUCACCCUGGUCUUUCUUACCCAAAUGGCCAUUGCAAUCCUGGGCUUCUUCUACUCUGACCAGACACGCGAUGCUCUGGGGAAAUUUGUGAAAAAAGCCAUUGUGGAUUAUCGAGAUGACAUGGACCUUCAAAACCUAAUGGACUACAUGCAAAAAGAGUUCAAAUGCUGUGGCUGGAACAACUACACCGACUGGUCCUGGAACCUCUACUUCAACUGCACUCCGUCAAACCCCAGCACUGAGAGGUGUUCAGUUCCCUUCUCAUGCUGCACUCCUCUACCAGAAGAGACUGUGCUCAACACCAUGUGUGGCUUUGGGGUUCAGACACAGAACUAUGUGGACGCCACUAAAUCUAUCUAUCCGGUGGGCUGUGCAGACAGAGCUGCAAUAUGGAUUGAAUCUCACCUGAUGUUAGUUGGGGCGCUGACUCUGGGUCUCGCUUUACCACAGAUCGCAGGCAUCGUUCUGUCUCAGAUCCUCAUUUCUGAGAUCCAGAAAGAGAUCGGAUCCGUCUUGUAG